AGCUCCACUUCCAUAGCACCAAAAAAGUAGUUUAACACCUGUUUUUUUACACUAGCCAUUGUGAGGGUUUACAUAAAAAUGCAAGGGUUUUUGAAGGCUCACCAACUUGCUAGGGUUUUGAGACGUCCGUCUUCUCCGAUUUUACUAUAUUCAGUCUCGCGUGUUCAAUCUCCUUGUAUCCUUGAACCUAUUCAAUCUAAUUGCAACUCUUCUUUAUGUCGUGGUUACUUUACGUCUGGUACGAUUUAUGGAAAUUAUAUCCAAACAGAAUGCAAUCUUCAGAGAAAUAUAUGUCAGUGUCAGAAAUGCUCUAUGCUGUUCAGGGCAUCAUUUUCUACUGAAGCAGGGAUAGUUGAAAGUGGUGCGACAGAGUCUGUGAAGGAAUUGUAUGACAAGAUGCUGAAGUCUGUCGUGGAUCAAAGAAGUGCUCCGCCCAAUGCCUGGUUGUGGUCCCUAAUACAAAGUUGUGUAAACCAUGAAGAUGCUAAUCUUUUAUUCGACAUAUUGCAGAGACUUCGGAUAUUUAGACUUUCUAAUCUCCGUAUCCAUGAAAACUUCAACUGUGCUCUCUGCCAGGAAAUUACCAAGGCAUGUGUACGUGUUGGCGUCAUUGAUUUGGGAGAUGUGGAUGCUUUGUGGAAAAUUGAGAAGAUACGAUCAGAAACCAUGAAGGAACGUACUCUUGGAAGUGGACUUUCAUGUGCUAAGGGUUUCCUAGUUGAUCACAAACCUGAAGAUGCUGCUGCCAUCAUUCAUUUACUCAAUCAGACAGUACCUGAUUCGAGAAGGCAAAAAUUCAUGGUUGAACUUCAAAAGCUAGUUGCGGACUGGCCUUUGGAGGUGAUAAAGCGACAAAAGGAUGAGAGGAGGAAGGAGUUGGCUGCAACACUAGAACAUGAUAUUCGUACCAUGCUCAGUGCCUUGUCAAAUAUGGGCUUGAAGUUGAAUGUAAAUGUGGAAGAUCUGACAAGAAUAGGAGUCGUCUUAUCUUGAAUUUUGGUAAAUAAACAUCAAACAUCAUGUUAUCCCUUAACUGCAUAUUUUUGAGUUACAGAGA